AUUAUUUAUUAAUUUUUGAAUAUGAUUUUACUUACUCCCAGUCAAGAGAAUACUGCCGAGAGACUAGACAUGAUUGAAACGUUAAAGUCAUUUCUGGCCACAGCACCCAAUGGGCAAGAAGAUGCCAUCAAGCAGCAUGUGUUGAGCACAACGGGUGAAAGCAUCACUUGUGUCAGAUGGAAAGAUGCAUUUUAUAUCACAGGUACAGAUAUUGUUCGAUGUCUCGUAUUUCGUUUUUAUGCAUUCGGCAGACCUGUUCAAAAUCUCAAGAAGUUUGAAGAAGGCAUCUUUAGCGACCUUCGUAAUUUGAAGCCUGGGACAGAUGCUAUUCUAGAAGAACCCAAGUCUGCUUUUUUAGACUUAUUGUUCAAGAACAAUUGUAUUCGCACCCAAAAGAAGCAAAAGGUCUUCUUUUGGUAUUCGGUUCCUCAUGAUAGACUAUUUUUAGACGCUUUGGAAAGAGACCUGAAACGCGAAAAAUUGGGCAUUUAUCCUACCUCCGUCUCGGUUGCUAACCCUGCAGAGUCUAUCUCGCUCGACACUACCCAAGCCAUGUUUGAUGAUUUCCGCAAAUCCAUGCUGACCGAAAUGAACUUGCAACCCUUUUAUUCCAAUCAGCCUUCGUCAUCAUCAGCAUCACCCAGUGUAACAUCAGAGUCUUGCUCAGUCUCUGACAGUUCAGUAUCCCCUCACCUCCAUCAUCACAGGGUUUCAUCAUCACGUGAAGGUGAUCUCCAGAAAGCUUCUUCUGCCAUCUUUGGUCAAUUCUCUCUCUUUGAAGGAUCUCCCACUUACAAACAACGUAGACGCAGAUCCACUCAAAAGUCACAACAAGAAGCUCAAUCGAAAUACAUUCGUACUAAAAAGUCAACUACCAACACCACCAACACCACCAUUAUUCCUGACUCAAAUACAAGCACCACUGCCUGGAGUUCAGAUACUAGCAACACCAAUACCGAUGAUGAUAGUACUCACGUACGUUACUUUUACUGCCCUUUGAAUACAUGUGGUAAAUACUUUAAACGUUUGGAGCAUAUGAAGCGCCACUUGCGAACACAUACCAUGGAACGUCCUUACUUGUGUGACCUCUGCGGUAAGCGUUUUUCAAGAUCCGAUAACCUGGCUCAACACAAAAAAACACAUCAGCGUUUGCGUGGGAUGAAGACUCUGGAUGAGGAAGACGACGAUGAAGAUGAUUCUUCUUCUUCUGAUGAGCGACAUUAUGUAUACAAUGGUAAAGUCUCAAAAACAUCCUCCAGCAUUGGGAGACGACUUGUUAACACUAAUACAGGUAAAGGUGUUACAUCCAUCCGAAGAGCUGUCGACAUGACCUCUAUCAAUUAUCGAUCCAAUGGGAAACGCUUAACUCAUAACAACAAUAACAACAACAACAACAAUUACAAGCAUUCAGAUGACUUGUGGUCACCUCAUGACCCUAAUGACAACAUUGAAUACAUGAAGGCUGAACCUCCACAGUUAUUGAUUGUGCCCGAGUUAUCCAUAUCCACUGCCUCUACUGCCUCUUCCUGUGAAUCUUCACCUAUAUAUACAAGAACACUCCCUACCAUCAAGGUCGAAGAUACCGAACUAUUUUACGAUCUUUCCAGUGGGCAACAACAAAUGAAUGAUACAGCCAUGAUGAUGGAAGAACUCUUACCUCCUCAGCCUAACCAAUAUUGGCAAGAUAACGAAUCAGCAAGUGAUUGGCAAAGAAGAGUGGAUUGGGAUCAAUAUUCAACGAUUCGACCUUCGGGCAAUUAUGAUACGGGAGAGGACUUGAUGAUUGGAUAUCAAGAUAUUCAGUCUUAUUACUACUUACAUCAUCCAUAUGCAUAUCCACCUGCAUCUUCGCCUUUGUUUGGUCCUACCAGUAACACCACAGCCAGUAAUAGCACCGUGACCACCGCAGCCAAUAGUCCUGUUACUCGAGCUUUUGAUCUGUAUCCUUACUCUGAAAAUCCAACCAUGACACCAAGCGAUGCUUUACUUCACUAAAUCAUCUUUUUUUUUUUUAAUUUUUCUUUUUUUUUUCUCCCCCUUCGUAUGUUAUUAUCCACUCACCCUUUCAUCUGUAUAUGUCUGUACUAUUCUUCAUAUUUAUAUUUCCCUUCUUUUACAUUUCUUUUUUAUUCAUCGACAUAUAUUCACAAGCAUUAUCUGUAUAGUUUAUUAAAACAAAAAAGCAUCCCCUAUUAUUAUCAAUAAAGUAAACAAAUAAAAAAAAAAAAAAGAAAACGUUUUCUGAAACGUAAACUUUAAAAAAAAACAAACAAA